AUGUCUCCUAAUAAUUUUCUAUUUAAAAUCAUCGCGUUGAUAUCGAUAGUAACGAUCGAGUGUACGUUAAAAUCUAUCGAAUCGUCUUAUUCGUCGAUUAAUUUAAUCAAGAAACCAAUCGAUCAUCAAUACAAUUCACCGUCCUUUUUUCACCUGCACAAAUACAAAUAUCAAAAGUUGGACAAAAUCAGUAGUACACCACCUACUACUGAUUGCAUUUGCGUACCGUAUUAUUUGUGCGAUGUUAACAGAACUGUUAUCACCGAUGGUACUGGUACCAUCGAUAUCAGAUAUCGAAGAUGUACCGGAGAUUUAGAAGUGUGUUGUAAUUUACCGAACGCUAAUAUCGUAACUCAAAUGACAACGACAACGCAACCAACAACCACGACUACAACUAAAGCACCAACUACCACUACAACUACUACUACGACAACUAAAGCACCAACGACCACUACUACUACUACUACGACAACUAAAGCACCAACGACUACUACUACUACUACUACUACUACUACACCACGUCCAACUAGUCCACCAACGACAACACCAACAGCACCUACAAUUAUUUUCCCGACAGCCCCAAUAACAAUCCUACCAACAGGAAUACCUGGUAUCAAUUGUAUUUGCGUAUAUUCUUGGCAAUGUGAUCCCCAAAACGUGAUAGUGAUAGGUUCAUCCGGUGAAGGUAUAAUCAUUCCCCGUCAACAGACACUCAUUUGUCCAGGUGCUGGACAAGUUUGUUGCAAAUUAUCAUCUAACGUGAUACCAACCGUUAUAACGCCAACCGUACAACCGUAUAACAAUAAUGGACAAAUUUGUUUCGUUUGUGGUAAUAAUUUGCAAUGCGUUAACGGUGCUAAUUUGAUUCUACCAACUGGUACGAAUUUAAUUAAUUCGCCACAAAUAAUAACAUGUUCUAACGUUAAUACUUGCUGCCAAGGAACUGGACCGAUAACUAACAUCGAUACAACUGUCAUCAUUAAUGGUCUUGGACAAAUGAAAUUUCCUGGUACUGUUAAUGCUUGUUACUGUGUCAAAUCAUGGCUUUGUAAUGAUGGAUACAUCGUUAAUAUCGAUGGUGCUGGUAUAAUCGAUCCACGAUUUACUAUUUGUACUAAUGCUGAUGAAGUUUGUUGUCGACCACCUGGUAUAGUUGGAAUUAAUAGUGAUUCUCAAGCGGGUUCACGUGAUCUUGUUAUUAAUGACCCGGUAGAUUCAUUAGCUGUUCAAGUUGUUUGCGGUAUACGUGGUACUGCUUAUGCACCAGCAACACCUUAUCCAACAUCUUCGGGAAAAACAUAUUACGCGGAAUUUCCAUGGAUGGUAUCGCUUUUCAUAAAACAACCCGAUGGCAAAUAUUUGUAUCUCUGUGGGGGUUCUAUGAUCAACAAUGGGGCUGUCUUGACUGCUGCACAUUGCGUUACCAAUCGAGAAAGUGGAGUAUUGGUUGCCAGAUUUGGACAAUGGAAUGUUAAAAGUACAAAUGAAUCUAUUCAAGAAGAAUACGUUAAAGCAAUCAUACCUCAUCCACUUUAUUAUAACGCUGGUUUAUUCCAUGACAUAGCAGUGUUGAUUUUAAAUUCGACAGUUAAUUAUGCAACUAACGUGAUACCUAUUUGUUUACCACAACAAGGAAUGAAUUUUGCAGCCGGUACUCGGUGUUAUGGAACCGGAUGGGGUAGCAACGCGUUCGGUACAACCGGUGAAUUUCAAACAGAAUUAAGAAAGGUAGAUCUACCGAUAGUUGAACGAUCUGAUUGUCAAAAUCGUUUAAGGACAACAAAUUUGGGACAAUAUUUUUUAUUACAUGGUUCGUUUAUUUGUGCUGGUGGUGAACUUAAUAAAGAUACUUGUCGUGGGGAUGGUGGUGGUCCUUUGGUUUGUCCAACGACUACUGGACAAUUUAUUCAGGCUGGUAUAGUGUCAUGGGGUAUUGGUUGUGGUGAAUCUAAUAUACCUGCUGUUUAUACCAACGUUGCUCAACACAAACAAUGGAUCGAUCAAACUCUCGCGAAUUAUGGUGUACAAUAUUGAGAGAUUGAAAAGAUAAUUAUAAUAUUAUUGUUAAUAUAAAUAUAAUUAUUUAUAUACCGUCUUGCGUGUCAAUUUUAUUAUCUCAUUUUCUCUAUUUGAAAUAAGUCUAUAAUAAAUAAAAUGAA